AGCUCGCGGACGGGUACUUGAACCGUCGCGACCAAACCGAUGCGGCCUUUGUCUGGCAUUCGGAAUUUGGCAGGCUGUAUCGUACAGGUGAUCGUGCUCGCCUCACACAGUCGGGGGUGUUGGAGUGUCGGGGUCGUAUUUCCACAGGACAAGUCAAACUGAGAGCGAGUCGAACUCGGUGAGGUGGAGUACGCAGCAUCGCGGACUCCCGAUCUUCUCAGUGUAGUGGCGGAUGUUAUCGACGGCAGUCUUGUCGUAUUUUGCCUUUCCAACGGCACAGAAGUCACCAAGCAUGCAGUGCAACAAUCAUGUCGUGCAUGGCUACCAGCGUUCAUGAUCCCCAGCGAUGUGGCGUUUGUGAGCGAGCUGCCUUAUCUUGAUUCGGGAAAAGUGAACAGAAAAGCUCUACAACAGAUCUACGAGCAUUCCUGCACAUUACUACCUCAGAGAGCUCCGCCAAACGGAGUUUCAUCCGGUCGCAUAGACCAAAUAAUCGACUCGGUCAACGAGGUACUUCAAGUUGCUGUUGAUGCUAACACUCCACUUGCAUCGAUCGGUCUCGACUCACUGUCCUCCAUUCGUCUUGCCUCGCACUUGAGGAAGAAAGGGUUCGCGCAGGUUGACGCCAUCGCCUUGCUCGAGUCGCAGACUGUGAUUGACAUCGAACGCGGUCUUAUGGAUGCUGAGACUGCAGCUUCAGCCGGCUUCCCACCUGGAUUCAGCAACUCGGAGCCCUCGAAACUGCGGCACAUGGUGUUGGGCUCGCCAGAAGUGCACAAGAGAUCGCAACAAAUCGAGGGUGUAUACGCCCCUACACCUGUGCAGCUGGCAAUGUUUCAUGAGACCGCUCGGGACAGCCAGAGAUACUGCAACUGGAUCGAACUCAGCGUUCGCGGGCAUUCCAUCGACGAGGUCCAGCAUGCUUGGAAGGAGCUUGAGAAGCAUCAUGCUCUUCUUCGAGCUGGCUUUCUACCGAUAGACAACUCCAGCACCGGCUAUGCGAUCAUAGUGUGGAAACCCAACCAAACGCUACAAACUCAACAACAUCGUAAUACGACCCGCGACUUUCACAUCGAGACCGAAGAGGAUAUGUUGCGGCCUUGUAUGGUCCAGUUCGUGGAAACUGACAACGAAGUCCGCAUUCUCAUACAGAUCCAUCACGCCUUCUACGAUCAAUGGUCGGUUGACAUUCUCCGGAGGAAUAUUGCGGCUCUCCUAGAUGGCCGUGAUCCGUCUCCAGCACCCUCGUUUCAAACAGUGUCAGAAUAUGUUGGGCGAAUGCAAGCCAACGCAGCCUCUCCAUCAUCUCUGCACUUUUUCAAGGACCUCUUACAGGACUUCGUCCACACCCCUUUGCCGAUGAUGAGCGGAGUGAAGGCGGCACCAGCGCUACAGCGGACACCAUGGCGUGGCCUCGUGGACGAUCUCGCAGGCGUAAGAAAGAAGGCACAAACACUCGGAUACAGUGCGCACAUCAUCUUUCAAGCUGCCAUGACCUUGCUGUUGGGCUACUAUACGGGCAGCAUCGAUGUCACAUACGGAGUUGUCUUCUCUGGACGUCAUCUGCCCGUGAACGGGAUCGAAGGCAUUUUUGGACCAUGUCUUGCCACACUGCCAUUCCGUAUCGACUGGACUACCACGCAGACUCGCUCGGACCUGCUUCGUUUGAUCCAACAACGCAACCGUGAAAUGCAAAAGCGAUCACUCACGCCACUCUCCCUGAUUCAGCAAGGACAAAACCGGGCAUCAGAAGGCCGACUGUUUGAUACUUUAUUCGUAUGGCAAGAGACCAGUUUUUCUUCCGAAGAGGCUAACCAGAAUGUGGCGGAAGUCGACUCGGCCGAUCACCACGAGUUCAAUCUGGUGCUGGAAUUCGAGCCUGCAAACGACACUAUCCAAGCCCGGGCGACGUAUCAGCAAGCGCUGAUCACGCUGGAUCAAGUCGAGGUUCUGCUUGCACAGGUUCGCCACACUGUGCAUGAAAUUCUGGAUCAACCCCAGGGUCUGAUCGGAGACCUGGCAUCCUCCCUUCCGUACUCCUUACUUUCGAUUUCCAACGCUCCUCCCUCCUCUUGCAUUGAGGAAUACGAUCUCAUCGGUGCGAUCCGUGAACAAGCUGCCAGAGCGCCAACCUCACCGGCUCUUUUGUUCGCCAGAAGCAUCGGCGAGAAUGAAGCUGACGCCGACGCCCUGACUUACGAUGAGUUGGAUUGUCGAUCAAAUCAACUGGCGAGAUUCCUGCAAUUGUGCGGUGUGCUGUCUGAUGAUCUUGUAUGCAUCUGCAUGGACAAGUCUAUCGACAUGUACGUUGCAAUCAUCGCCACUCUAAAAGCUGGCGCAGGAUAUGUCCCUCUUGUUCCUAGCACCCCAGCAGCAAGAAUAUCGUCAAUACUGAACCAGGCCAAUGUGAAAUUUUGCCUGUGCGACGGAGACACCAUGAAGAUCUUUGAAGAUAACGAGACCCCUUCGUGCAUCAAACUUCCCGACUUGGAUCUGUCCACGGUCGGCAGUGGCCCGGUCGUUAGUUCAGCUACUGGGUCUGCUCUCGCGUACGUCGUGUUCACAAGCGGUUCAACUGGAACGCCCAAGGGUGUAGCUGUCACCCGGGACAAUCUUCUCAGCAACCUUCGAGCGCUCCAAGAGCUUUAUAACGCAAAGCCAGGCGAUCGUCUUCUGCAAGCCUGCUCGCAAGCAUUCGAUGUGAGUGUAUUUGAGAUAUUCUUUGCAUUCUUUACCGGGAUGUGUUUGUGCUCCGCCAGGCACGACGUCCUUUUCUACGACUUUGAAGCUUCCAUACGGGGUUUACAGAUAUCUCACCUGUCGCUCACGCCUACGGUCGCUGCUCUGGUCGACCCAGCAAAUGUGCCCAGUGUUCGCUUCCUUGUCACCGCUGGAGAAGGCGUCACUGACUUGGUGCAUCGCCGCUGGGCCGGCAAAGGCCUGCAUCAAGGCUACGGCCCGUCAGAAACCACGAACAUCUGCACUGUAAACAUGCACACCUCGCAGAGAGAUGCGAUCAACAACGUCGGUCGACCUCUUCGGAACACAUCCGCUUUCGUCGUUGCAAUCGACGCUCCGUUUGAGAUUCUUCCAGCCGGCGCCUUUGGCGAAUUUGCCUUCGGAGGGGAGCAGGUUUUCCGUGGAUAUGUCGGGCUGGAUGCACUCAACUCAAAGCAAAUUAUCCAUCACCCAACAUAUGGCCGCAUCUAUCGAAGUGGCGACAUUGGAAGACUGUUGCACGAUGGCACACUCCUUAUCAGCGGCCGACUGGACGAUCAAGUCAAACUGAGAGGCAAUCGAAUCGAGCUCGGAGAGAUCAGUGCCGUUCUUCUCGAGCAUCAAGACGUGCACGACUGUGCGGUCACACUGAUUGAGAAUGAAACCAACGUGCAGAGUCUGGCUGCAUUCAUUGUGCCUAAGCAGGCUCAUGCGAAAGCCCUAGACGAGACAGAGCUUGUAGCGCCGACUGCUUUUCAGAUCCCUGAGCUGUUCGAUCAUCUCUCGGAUGCUCUACCGCAAUACAUGGUCCCCGAUAUCAUCUUGCCUCUAACUGCCCUCCCACGGACAUCACAGGGCAAGCUCAACAGACGUUAUCUGCGAUCAUUCUUGGACGGCCUUGAUCAACAAACCAAAGCUGCCUUCAGUCGAGGCAGCACGGAGCCUGAAGAUUCUGCGGACUGGACUGAAACCGAGCUGAACAUAGCAGAGGUAUUGCGGGAAUGUUUAGAGAUAUCUGAUGCGAACAUCGGACGGAAGCAGUCGCUCGUAUCCUUGGGACUGAACUCGCUGAGUGCCAUGGGCUUCGCGAAACGAUUGUCUGCCCGGCUGGGAACUCGUGUGGAUGUAUCUGCAGUGCUUCGAAAUCCGUCGAUCGACCGGUUGGCACGAGCACUGAACACUCAGACAGUGGCCGUGCCUGAUGACAACUCUACGCAAUUGGUAGGUUUGUUACCGGCUGGACUAGUUGACGAGGUCCGACAGACAUGCGCGGUGUCCGAGUCAGAUCUCGACUGCAUCCUACCAUGCACGCCACUCCAGGAAGCCAUGCUGUCGGCUGAGACUUCUGAUGCCCCCCUCACAUAUUCUAACAGUCUCAGACUGGGAGUCACGGGCGACUUGGGGAAUCUGAAGCGUUGCUGGAGCAAGAUGAUGUCCAGACAUGCAAUUCUGCGCACAAGCUUCUUCGCCACAACCGACCCGGCUUAUCCUUUCGUACAGAUUGUGCGGAAACAUCUCGAUCUACCUUGGGAAGAUUUCAGCCAUCCCAAUGUCGUCCACAAUGGAAAUGUGACUGGAAAGGAGAGACCGAACAUCGCCUGCGGCGCUAUGAGUUCGAGCAAGCCCUUCCAUAUCAGUGCCGAAACAUCUUCGCAUGGUAUUGCGCUCACGCUUCGCAUGCACCACGCAAUAUACGAUGGCCUGUCGAUGUCCUUUCUGCUGCAAGAGAUCGAAAAUGCGUACCACGGGCGACUACUGCCACCGCAACCUUCGGCCAUUCCAUUUCUUCGGGAAGUCCAAGCCCAAAGAGGGGAUGAUGCAUUGUCGUUCUGGCGAGGGCAGGUGAACGACUUUCAGCCUGCACCAUUUCCACUGUUGGAGCCUUCAGCUCCCCUCGACGAACUGCAGCUCAAGCAUACGACCACAAUCUCACAGUCCGACGUCGAAUCGUACUGCAAGCGGUACAACGUUAGUACGCAGGCUGUGUUUCAAACCGCAAUCUCAAAAGUCUUACGGAAUUUUCAAAACACCCAAGACGUGUGCUUCGGUAACGUGGUUAGUGGAAGGACACUCUCGGUCGAUGGUAUCGAGGAAUUGGUCAUGCCGUGUUUCAACACCGUUCCUGUCCGGGUACAAAUCAGCACUGGAGCAACAAAUCUGGAUCUCGUCCAGAAGCUCAACAGCCACAACAUUGAUAUGCUUGACUACCAACUGGCACCCUUGCGGCGUAUUCAGGCCAUGUCUCGGUUACCCUCGAAGCGGCUGUUCGACUGCUUGCUCAUACUCCAGCCCCCUUCAUUCAAGUUGGACAACAGUAUCUGGAAUGUCGAAGCUGAUACCGGAGCCAUGGAUUUGCCGCUGGUCUUCGAAGUGUGUCCAAAAGUCGGUCGCUACCAAGUGGUUCUUCAUUUCUCACAGCAGUACUUCUCACAACAACUUGCACACAGCAUUGUGCAGACCUUUGAUGCAUCUCUUGUAUCAUGCACAGGCUAUCCGCACGGCCUUGUGAAAGACAUCGCCGAGUUCGAUUGUGCUGCUGUAGAGGGUAUUUUGAACCGCGAUGAUACUCCCUCAACCGCAAAGCAGAUGCUCAACGGAGCAGAUGACCAUGAAUGGACCGAGACGGAAGCUGCUAUCCGACAUGCCUUUGCCCAGCUUUCACGUACUUCCCCCGACAGCAUACACAAGGAUACCGCGAUGUAUCAGCUCGGGCUCGAUAGCUUGAAUGCGCCGCAGGUCGCACAUCGCUUGCGCUCCCAAGGUUUCGAAGUUGAUGCGGCCGACGUGAUGGAAUCGCCGACACCAAGCUCUCUUGCCAUUCUGAUCAAGGACCGUGGACAACGUCAGAAGAGCGUGGGUAUCGAUCUGCUUGCCUUCGAUCAGCAGUGGAGGCAGACCAUCAUACAAUGCGCGGAGACCGUCAACGAUGAAGUCGAAGCGAUCCUCCCGUGCACAUCUCUCCAGGGCGGGAUGUUGGCACAGUCCGUCCACGCCAAUGGGAAACUCUACAUCAACCACGUCACCUAUGAAGUGCCACAGUCUUCCUCGCUCGCGGACGUUCAAACGGCCUGGGACAUUGUUCGCAAACGGCAUCAAAUCCUGCGCAUGGGCUUUGUGCAGCUUCAAAACGUCCAACAUCCGUUCGCUAUGCUUAUUCGCCAUUCCGAAGCCCUUUCUAUGCCGUGGUGUGAAGCUCCAGAAGGAGACACGAUCGACGAUAUCGAACGACAAUCCAAUGUGGAGAUCAUGAAGAGCCUUCGUACUCAACCGUGGCGUAUCACUGUUCACGGGGAAGAAGGCAACAACCGAAUGACAUUGUCAAUUCACCACGCCUUGUACGACGCCGACGGUCUGGAGCUGAUUCUGUCGGAGUUAGCCAUGGCGAUUACCCAUACGAGCAUGCGGCCAUCGAGCAACAUUGACUCGAUGGUAGGAGCAGUCCUCGCUGCAGAGAUUGACCGGGACGAUCAUGCUGCCAAGUUCUGGAGAGACAAACUCCAUGCCCCUAGUUUCUACAAAUUCCCCGAUCUCACUCCUGAGGUGGUGGAGACGGGAGAGAUGCGUUCCGUGGAUCUGGCCUGUCAAACGUCGACACUCGCAAUACAGCAGUUUUGCAAACAUCGCAGCGCAACUAUUCAGGCCGUUGGUCAGACGGUAUGGGCGCAACUGCUGUCAGCAUACACAGGGGACGACAGUGUUACUUUCGGCACGGUGUUCUCAGGGGCUCCUGGUAAUGGUCACGGGAUGCGGUCUUUCCCAUCCAUCACUACCGUUCCGGUACCCUGCAUGAUUACCGAUCGACCUUUUGACGUCCUGCAAACCAUGGUCGAGUUCAACGCCUCAGCUUGGAGGCACCGGUUCUUCCCGUUAUCAGAGAUACAACGCGUAGCUGAUCGAACAAAUCGGGAGCUCUUCGAUACUGUAUUCGCGUAUCAGAAGUCAAAAUCCGCACUCAACGCUUCGACUUGGACCAUCAUUCGAGAGACUGCCUCUGCGGAAUACUGUGCAUCACUCGAACUGGAGGCACCGGAGCACGGCCAGAUUAUGUUACGUCUCACCUUCGACACGAAGCGCAUUCCGUCUGACCAUGCUCAAAUCAUACUCCGCCAAUACGAUCGCCUGUUGUCUACGCUAUUGCAAAUCGAGCCGCCAAAUGCAACAUCCCUCGACUCUAUUUGGUCACAGAUUCCUCCGAAUCAGCGUUCACUGCCGUCCAACACCACUCUUCUGCACGAGAAGUUGGAACACAGCGUGUCCAUGCACGGAGGCCGCCCUGCUCUGGAGUUCAUCUACGGAACUCGAGUCGGGCACACCUUUUCCAAGGUCUGGUCUUAUGCACAAUUCGAUGAAGCCGCGAACCAGGUAGCGCAUUUGAUCGAACAAUCUGGAGUGCCUAAGGGCGCAAUCGUGGCCGUCUGCAUGGAAAAGUGUCCCGAAGCCUCGUUUGCAUUUGCUGGUAUCUCGAAAGCCGGAUGCGCCUUUCUUGCUGUAGACCCAGGUCUACCAGAGUCCCGAUUGCAGUUCAUUCUUGAGGACUCGAACAGUCAAAUCCUCUUCGGGGACAUGAUCGAAUCGCCGACAAGUUUACCUGCUGGUGUCAAAUACGUCAAGCUUGACGAGAAAGCCCUUACGGGCAUGUCGAAAACACCUGUCAUCGAUCGCUCCGUCUCUCCAGACUCCAUUUGCUACGUUUUAUACACUUCAGGGACUACCGGAACCCCGAAGGGCUGCGAAAUUACACACGAGAAUGCAGUGCAAGCCAUGCUUGCCUUCGAGAUACUGUUUACCGGUCGCUGGAACGAUUCGUCGCGCUGGCUUCAAUUCGCCAGCUACUGGUUCGAUGUAUCCGUUCUAGAGCAGUUCUGGAGUUGGGGCGUGGGUAUUACGGUUGUCGGUGCUUCGAGAGAUCUUGUCUUGACCGACAUUCCAGGCUUCAUUCGUGACUGCGGCAUUACACACAUCGAUCUGACGCCUUCUUUGGCGCGACUUGUGCAUCCAGACGAUGUCCCAAGCCUAUGGAAUGGAGUUUUCAUUACCGGCGGUGAGGCGCUGAAACAGGAUAUUAUCGACCAUUGGGGCCCAAAACACACUGUAGCCAACGGCUACGGCCCAAGUGAGGCCACCAUUGGAGUCACGAUGAAUCCUUUCAUUGGCCCAAAUGCAAAGCCAUCGAAUAUUGGUCGACAGUUUGAGAACGUGGGCACUUUUGUGCUUCGGCCCGGCUCGGAGGACGUGGUGAUGCGCGGCUGCGUUGGAGAGCUUUGUGUAUCGGGGAAGCUGGUCGGUAAAGGAUACCUCAAUCGCCCUGACCUCACUGCGAAAAGCUUUCCGAUGCUCGCUCAAUCGAAUGAGCGCAUCUAUCGAACCGGCGAUCUAGUCAGGAUGUUGGCCGAUGGAUCAUUCGCGUUCAUUGGAAGGCAAGAUACACAGGCAAAGCUACGUGGACAACGACUGGAGAUUGCCGAGAUCGACAAUGUUAUUCAACAGAGCUCAGAAGAUAUCACAAACGUCGUCUCGCUUGUGAUGAAGAAUGAGGGCGGUGCGGAGAUGCUGCUGUCUUUUCUGGUCACGGACUCGGAACAAACCUCAAAUGAGCUUCUCCUCGAGACCUCAUCAGCGAGACUCCAGCUCGUCCAAACGGCAAAGCACGCAUGUUCCAGGUUCUUACCCGGAUACAUGGUUCCAACUCAUAUCAUCCCAAUCCCGUUUUUGCCUCUGACCGUGAACAACAAAGUGGAUUCGAAGAGAAUUGAAGCGUUUUUCAAAACACUUUCGAGGAGAGACCUUCAACAAUUGCAAACAACACGCUCUCUCAAUCGUCCGCUCAGCGAUGGUGAGGCGGCGAUUUGCGCAUGCUUGCAAGAGCUGCUUUCAAUGGGGGAUGGCCAGGUCAGUGCUACUGACAAUCUGUUCUCACUCGGGCUUUCUUCCAUUUCAGCAAUAUCGCUGGCGACUGCUCUGAAGCGAGCUGGGUUCGAAAGUGCAAGCCCUGCCGUGGUCAUGCGAAAUCCCACAGUCGAAUCACUCAGUCAAGCUCUGUCUUCAAGCCCGCCAGACUCGAGCAACGAAGCGGCUGCGAAACAAGCAGCACUCUCGAUUGCUGCCUUCGGCCGGCGGUACGCUCACGUUGCAGCACGGGAAUUGUCUGUGGCCUCGGACGCCUUCGAGGUAGUGCUGCCUUGCACUCCGCUUCAGCAGGGCCUGAUAGUUGAGUCGCUCAAAGAUGAAGCCAGGCCAUACUUCAAUACUUUUCUCUAUGAACUCGGCGACGUCAAUAUUGCGACUCUCAAGAACGCGUGGCGGAAGCUCUCGGUCAGCACACAGAUCCUGCGUGCCCGCUUCGUCGACACAGACGAAGGUUACGUCCAAGCCAUCCUUUGCCGCGCUGACCCAGAAGUCUUCGAAUGGCAAUCACUCCCAGUCAAGCUCACGACAUUUGUGGAUGAACAGAAACAACAAUGGAUUGCCCAGAACAAGUCGGAGAUCGUCAAGCCCUUUCAAGUUCAUCUCGUGAAUGCUGGCGGACAACAAGCUAUGGCUGUCUUCAUUCAUCAUGCCCUUUACGAUGGCAUAUCUUUCGACCUGUUGGUAGAGGAGCUUGGCAGAAUCUACCAUCAAGGAGAAUCUGACAGCUCUGCACCGACAUUCUCCACAGCGUUGCAUUACGGUCCUUUGCAAAGCAUCCCGGAUGCGGAGACUUUCUGGCGACAAAGACUGCUCGAGUCAAAGCAGAUCUCGUUGCAUCCAAACUCCAGCGACAAACCCCAGUCUUCUGUGGUUGCGAGCUUCGCUCUCGACUACACGUCGCAAGCCGAGUCGGUGAGAAAGCGCCUUGGUGUAUCUCAUCAGGCUUUGCUGCAAAGUUGUUUCGAGAUCGCUCUCAGUCAGCUGGCUCCCUCUGUCCAGAUCUAUGGCACUGUCGUGUCUGGUAGAUCAAUUGGCCUUGAUGGAGCUGAUCGCGUCCGAGGGCCGAUGUUCAACACUCUCCCGCAAAGCGUGAGUGUGCAGAUGGCACUCACAAUCGAAGACCACAUCCGCCAUUGCCACAGGGCGAAUGUGAACACGAUGCCAUUCCAGCAUACUCCUCUUCGAGACAUUCGCAAGUGGUGCGGCAUGCAUUCUGCUGAUCGGCUAUUCGAUGCACUGUUCAUCUUCCAGCACAGACAAACCUCUCUGAACAACGACUUGUUCCGAGCAGUACAGACUGCCCCACGAGCUGAUUACCCUCUGACGUGUGAGAUCGAGCUCACUGAUGAGAGCAGCCUCAACGUGACAUUGCUUGCACAAUCGCAGUUCUUCGAGAUCGACGAUUUGCACGCUUUCGAGCAGCACUUGAGGAAGGCAUAUACGUGCCUCUGCAGCGAAACCGACGAGUCAUUACGAGACACGUUCGAACUUGUCGAGAGGAAUGCGUCUGAUCUGCUACAGAACACCGAUGACACAUUCACAGAACAUCUGAACGGAGUGCAUGGAUUCAAAUGGAACGACGCAGCUUGUCAUGUUCGAUCGGUACUCGCAGAUCUCAGUGGCGCGUCAGUCAAUGACAUCGAUGAACAUUCUUCCAUCUUCGCACUUGGACUAGACAGCAUCGAUGCUGUCAAACUCAGCUCACGACUGAGGCAUGCCGGCCUGCAUAUAUCCUUCAGCAAAUUGUUACAAGCACAGACGAUCCCGAGAAUACUGCAACUCUCCGAAGAUCAAGUCACUGCCCCUGAGGCGAACGGCGAAAUGAGCAGAAUGCAGUCUCUUUUGCAAGAACUCCGCAGCUCCAGCCUGGUCCCUUCCGCGUCAUCCCAAGAUGUGGAAGCGAUAUGGCCAACUACUCCAAAUCAAGAAGCUUUGCUUGCCGAUAUGGUUCGAACAGACUUCACAGAGUACUUCAGCCACGACAUCCUGCAACUACACCCGAACACGGAUACGGACAGAUUGAAGCAUGCAUGGACAUCAGUGGUCAGCGCUUCGCCGAUCUUGCGGACAUCCUUUUUCGAAGUGUCGGCUUCGAAUAUCGACAUUGUCUUUGCGCAGGUCGUUCACCGAAACUGGGCUCCGCGAUUCGGUGAUCAUACUCUGGACAACCUGGAAGAAGUCCAUCAAAUCUUCGACGCAGUCAGACGUGAUGUCCUCCUCAAUUUUCAAAGCACACCUUCUCUACGGAUCAACUUUGUUACCAUUCAGCCACACCGGUACAUGGUGGUGUCAUUAGCGCAUGCUCAAUACGACGGCCAUAGUCUCGCUCUCCUGCACGAGGAUGUACACCAAGCAUACGCCGGGCAUCUCCAGCCUCGUCCAUCGUACGACGCUUUCAUCGCAGAUUCACUGGAUGCUGUCACUCCCGCAGCAAUGCGCUAUUGGAGCGCGAUGCUCGAGGGGUCACGACCAUGUCGUCUACCUGGCACUGAAUCGAUUGAAUCAUCGUUUAAGACCUACCGGUCGGAGAGGCAGUGCAAAGUCCCCGCUCGCGAAGCUCGCAGCUUCUGUCAGUCACAGAACAUCUCAUUGCAAGCGCUCACGGAGACAGCUUGGGCAUUAACGCUCGCACAUUACACACAUUGUCUUGAUGUGGUAUUUGGCGUCGUAUUGGCAUGUAGAGACAGCGAAGAAGCGGCAAGUGUAGCAUUCCCGAUGAUGAACACCGUAACAAUGCGAUCGUCACUGCACGGCUCUCGGCUGCAAAUGCUGAGAUACACGCAAAGCGUAAUCACGGAGCGAACGCAAUACCAGCGAACACCGCUACGAAACAUCCUUGCUUCCGCGCGAAGGAAUGAGGAAGAUGGCGAUUUGGAUUCGGCUGGUGUGCUGUUCGACACGCUCUUCAUCUACCAAAGCAAGCCCACGUCUGCUGAACGAGAGCCUUCUCUUUACACAUCUAUCAGCGGCAAAUCGGAUGUGGAAUACCGUCUCGCAGUUGAGGUAGAAGUCGUUGACAAGCAGCUCGUCCUGCGGGCAGCCGGCAAGAGCAAUGUGUUCGACGAUGCUGGCACGGCCAGGCUACUCCAAGCGCUGGACGACAUAUUGCAGUCUCUCACAUCAUCUCCACAUGAAUCGACAGUACAAUUCUCGCAGGGCUCAGUGUCUGUCUGUGGACUUGAGCCCUUUGUCAACCUUAGCGACAAGCAAACACGAGCCCCUGGGCGCCAUCAUGAACCACUCGAUACUCCAGCACUUGAUGCCGCUACGUCUGAGCUUGCACUCAAGAUUGUGCAGGUGCUGGCAGAUGUCUCUAAGAUUGAGGCGACCGAGAUCUCUCAAGACAGUGCUAUCGAGAGUAUCGGGAUUGACUCCAUCUCUGCAAUCAAAGUCGCAUCGCUCCUCCGCAAAGAAUCGAUCGAUUUGAGUGUCAGCCAAAUCAUGCGAGCGAAGUCCGCCUCGAGAAUGGCACUUUUGAUGCAGACGAAGGAGGAAAGGGGACCGUCAAGCUCAGAUAUGUCGUCGACCGAGAUCAUCUCCGAAGCGGUCUCGCCUUGCCAACCACACGACAUCGCUGCGAGGUUGGGCACAACAGUUGAGAACAUCGAGAGCCUACUACCAGCCACAGCAGGCCAGAUUUACAUGCUGAGUAUCUGGCAAAAGACAGGCGGUCAAUUGUUCCAUCCAACGUUUGACUAUCAACUACAUACAAAGCUGGGACUCGACCGAGUGAAGCAGGCCUGGGCGAUCCUUGUUGAUCGUCAGCCUAUCCUGCGCACAGCUUUUUGUUCGACGGGUACAAUCGACAUGCCAAUUCUACAGGUCGUGCUUCAUGACACUCCAGACGCUUUUUUCGUCGAGGACGAUCAUAUCAGCCAUGUCCACCAGCCGUUCGUGGUGUUACAAGCGAUCCCAAACAGCAAAGGGUUCCUCCUCCGACUUCGUAUCCAUCACGCACUGUACGACGCGGUGUCAUUGCCGAUACUCAUGGAGGAGUUCGAAUGCCUGCUUGUAAGAUCAUCACCACCCCGAGCUCUCCUCACAUUCGGGGACUUUGUAGCCUUGUCAGUGACACCAAAGACACGACAACUGCAACGUGACUUUUGGACGCGGUAUCUCCAGUCUGCAAGAGUGGUAGAAUUACCUCAACCCUCCGUGGUCGGGCCACAGACGAGAGUGGAAGUUUUCCACCCAGCGCUGUUCACAGAUGUUCCGAGCUUGGAGCAUCGGGUUCGGCAAGAGGGGUUGUCUACCCAGGCCGUUCUGUUCGCAGCCUAUGCCAAGGUGUACUUGCAGUUUGCGGACAUCAAGAAUGGCGGAGAGGGACAGGGAGAUGGUGAUGUCGUCCUCGGCAUCUAUCUCUCCAAUCGCUCGCAUCUCACGAAUCUCGAUGCAUUGCCGGCACCGACAUUGAAUCUUGUGCCAUUGCUUGUGCGGAGCGCGCGGGACAAGAGCGCUCUCGAGCUGGCAAAGCAAGUCCAACGGGAUCUGGAGGAGAUUACUACGGUGGAGAAUUCGACUGCCGGGCUUGGGAGGGUGUACGAGUGGAGUGGCAUCAGGCCCGAUACCUUUGUGAACUUCUUGAAGCUGCCCGAGCAUGUUCGCAGAGCGGACGAUCGUGUGGAGGAGGACAUCGAAAAGCAGACAGUACUGCGGGCACUCGAUGAUAGACGGCUCAAGGAGCGUCGUGAGGUGGUUGCCGCGCCGUCGGGCAGGUUUGAGCUGCCUCCUGCGCUGGAAGACUUUGCGGCCGAGCCCGCGUACCAGGUGAGUGGAGCAGAUGCGAGCAAGGCGGAGCAAGGGGCUAAUGAUGCGCAGCAUUCGAUCGAUGUUGAGAUGACAAUUACAGACGCUGGGCUUGACGUCGGCCUCUUUUGUCCUGAGGAGAUGCUCGGCCUUGACCAGGCAGAGGAAGCAAUUGGGGAACUGAAGCGUGUACUAGAGCAAGUGUGUUAAGCAUAGAGAUAGAUCACACGGCGCGUGCGGAUAUUCGGUGAGAGAGGCCUUGGGAGUGUA